AUGAAAGAUUUCCCAUGUCUAAAAAAGCCAUCAGGUUAUACUCUUUUGCUUAAAGACUUCUGUUAUAUCUAUCCACAAAAUAAAGAAAGCUUAUUCGAAAAUUUUCCGAUUUACAAAUCAAAAAUAUUACAGUUAGCUAAAACAGCAUCAACUACAUUAAGAGAUACCACACUCAAGGAUAUCAUUAAAGAGUCCUUAGAUUUAGCCCCAGAUAGUGAAGAAACAUCUUCAUUGGCAGCAUUAUUGGUAUUACCAUUUUUGUUUUCUCCAGUUAGUUCAAAAAGAAAAAAAGGUAAUACAGUUUGUUGGAGACCAUCGAAAAUUGAGAUGCGAGAUGGCUUUAUUCUUCAUAUUCGUUCUCAAGUCGAGUUACAAGAAGCAAUAACCAGAAGGAAGGAGAAAUAUGUCAAACUCGGUCUUACAUUACAACCAAUGGUAAUUGUAGUGGGUCCUAAAAUAAGUGAAAUAAAUCAAUACUCUGUCACUGUAGAUGAUACUUUUUACGAGUUACACUCUAUAGUAUCUGCUGUAGAUUGUUGUUUUAAAGUAAUACAUGCUCUAAAUGCAGAAUAUCCAACUGAAUGCUUACCUAUAUGGACUUUUAUUCAGAAAGAUUUUUAUAAAAUUAAAACUACUUACGAUACAGAAUAUGUAACAGUCAAUUCUUUGAUAAGUGAUCUUGGAAUACAAGAAUAA